AAACAACUUGCAAAAAAGAGAGCAAAUUAUCCCUACUUUAUCACCCGCAAGAAUUUUUCUCACUUUAUUAUUUACUGUUUUGGCGUCAUUUUCAAGCCCACUUGCCGCGGAGCAUCCAUUACCGGACAUUCAGAUUAUCUCAAUGAAUAUGCGGCAAUUUCGGUUCCCGAUCCACCAAUCAGAGAGAGAAAAUGGGAUCGGCGACGGCGCUGAGGACUUCGUUCGCCGUACUGGGCUGUGCGGCGGCAGCAACUGUGAUCUACACCGUCGUCACCGACGGCCUUCCCUUCCGCAUCGAACUCCUCACUCCGUGGAUGGCUGCAACAUUGAUUGAUUUUUAUAUCAACAUCUUUGCCAUUGGGACUUGGGUCGUGUACAAGGAAACAAACUGGAUCCUCGCUAUUCUUUGGGUUGUUCUACUCAUAUGCUUUGGAAGCAUUACGACGUGCGGGUAUAUUGUCUUGCAGUUCCUUAAGCUCUCACCUGCAGAAUCUCUGCAAGAUCCGGUUUACUUUGUUUUGCUACGCCAUGGGAAUAUGAAUAAAGCAGAAAGAAAGAUGAAGUCGAAGUCCUCUGUUAUAAUUGCGAAAGCUGUGUUCAUUGCUUUGGGCUGUCUGAUGCUGGGAACUUUGAUUUACACAAUUGUCACGGAUGGAUCCCCAUUUCGAAGAGAACUAUUAACACCGUGGCUGUCUGCAACGUUAGUUGAUUUCUACGUCAAUGUUGUGGCUCUUUCGGUCUGGGUUGCAUACAAAGAGUCGACUUGGAUGAGCGCUGUUUGCUGGAUAGUCUUACUGAUAUGUUUGGGCAGCUUUAGCACCUGUGCCUACAUCGCCGUACAGUUAUUUCGCCUCUCUUCUCAAGAUCCCAUCUCCUAUGUUCUUUUCAACACUCGUAACAGGGCAGAAGAUCCGAAGAAGGGUAUGAAGAAACGUUGAAAGAAGACAUGAGCGCGGACGACGCCUAAGGCAAUGACUUUUGAACUUAUAUGUGCGCGCGCGUAUGUGUAUAAUAUACUACUGAGUAGUACACUCUUAUUUACAAUGGCCAUUGUUUGCUAACAGCUUCACUGUUUAGCUGUUUAAAAUUAACCUGUACUAUUAAAAAAUUAUUAAAAAUUGCUAAGUAAAGACCUUUUUUAUAC